GAAAAGAAAGAUGAACUACUUCUUGAGGACCAACACAUCAAAAUAAUUGAAGAUCAGGAAGUUUCCGAUCGUGGCCUCCUUCGUUUAACUGAAGAAAAACUUAAACAAGAUGGUUCAAGAAGAAAAUCGGCAGAAGCAAUUGCAGAGUUGCUGUGGACACAUCAAUGUCCGUCUCUACUAUACGUAUUUGGAGUCGAUGACAAUACAGUGGCCAAAAUUGUGAAUCGACCAGAUAUAUUAACUAAUGAGAUAAAAGCAUUAGAAAAGUUUCGUAGAGUUUCUGGGGUUAUACACCUCGAUAAGUCAUCCAACAUUCCGAUGCUAUUACGACCACGCGCGGUUAUGACGUUUAAAAAAUCUCAAAUAUCUGCAUCAGAAUUAGCGAAGAUUGUGGAUCCGUUCCGUCUAUUUCAUGAAGGUGGAAAAGGUUACGCUCAGUACGUGACCACCAAUGAACGCAUGGAUAAGAAAGUUUCAGGCAUGCUAAGGAAUGCUGUAAGACCACCAAUUAAAGAUUACAAUAUUAUCUGGACAGAAAGUGAGCUUGAACACGAGGGCUCUAACGAGAAAGAGGGUGAGAUCAUGUCGGAAAUUAAUCCCCCUGAUAACAAUCUCAUCUCGUCACAAGUGGCCUUUGUAGAGGCCCAAAUCAAACAAGCUCCAUUUGUUAUUCCACAAAUAUAUUCCGGCAUUAGGUUUAUCGUUUAUUGUAUACUAUCGAAAGGUGUUAGGCCCAAAAGGGAAAUCACCUUGACUGCGAAAUCUUCGGAUGGCCCAGUGAGUCUCAUUGUUCCCUUAGAUCCAGUCACUUUACAAGGGUCAAAAAUUCACACACUUGCCGCAAGAAAACUUAUUCAAGAUCUCAAUGAUGGUGCCCCAUUCAUUCACAAACAUCCCAAAAACGAAAGUAAACCCAUUCCCGUUUCAGUUAUAGAGGAACAAAUUGUUAAUUUAGGAACGACAUUUAAUUUAGCAUCGAAAUACACGAGUUUCCUUGCCAUUGAUGAGAGAGAUAAUAGACCAAUCGGCAAACUGUACCCGCCCGAGGAAAGAUCCGUGCCCUUGCAAUUAUCUAGAGGCAGAAAUUGUUUGUCUCUUGGCGGCGCCAAACGUUACCGUAAGAUAUUGACCGAAGAUAUAGUUCAUGAGGAAAGCGUUGCAUGCGAUUACGAUGAUAGUUACGACUAUGAACUCAAUUUCGAAGAAUCAACGAUCGAUGUCGAACUCAAUUUCAAAGAAUCAAAGAUAGAAGUAUUAUAUGAAUUUCUUAAUCUCCAAUCUUUUGAUGGUAAAUUUAAUCCCACGCCACAGUUUUACAAAUGCUUCGAUAGAAAAGAGUUUAAAGAUUUUAAGGAGAUCGAUAUCGACAACGAGGAGAUUUUGUGUACUGCGUUAGCAAUUGGAUAUUUAGAAGUAAUCAUGUUUAGACAGUUUAAAGAUGAAUGCGAGAUGUGCUGGGAAAAAGCUAAUAAGGCUUUGAGGAAAUUAGUUGAUGAUGAAAAGGCAGUUAAGGUUUUGGAGAAAACCAGAAAUUGGGUUUCAAAAUGGACGGAAGCAUAA